AUGAAGCCAUCAGCUGGCUUUCUGCUGCUGGCAGUGCUGCUCUCAGCCGCAGUGAGGUUCGCUCAGGCCCGGAUUAUACACUCGUACUUCAAGCUUGGCGGCACGCUGGUCCUCAAACCUGCCUCGGUCUCUGCUCGCAUCACCAGCGUCGUGUGGAAGUGGGACGGAGAACUGUUGGCCGAAUGGGUGGAAGAUGUGAUUCCCCUGACAUAUUACGGCAGGUUUGGAGGCCGAUCAGAGGUGAACACGAACACGGGAGUGUUGGAGAUCAGGAACAUGACUGCAGCUGACACUGGGGUGUAUUCGGUGGAGAUCAACAACCAGCCCCAGAGUCAGACUCAUCAGGCCGUGAGGAUCAGAGAAGUGCCCCAGCCUGAGGUCACGGUGAGGCCGCCGAUGUGUGGCUCGAGUUUGGAGAACUGCACACUGAGCUGUGACGGAGACGUUAAAGAGGCCGAACCUGUCGAGUAUUUCUGGAAGAUCGGAGAUGGAGAGUGGGAACAGUCGGGGAAAAUCAUGGAGAUCAUCAAUUCUGAGGAAACACAGUGUGUGAAGAUGUUUUCCUGCAGGAUGAAGAACCCAGUGAGUGAGCGACGCAGCGAAUCCAUCACCAACCCGUUUCACCAGGACGGAAAUCUGGACUACAGAUGGUGGAUCCUCACUCUUGUAGGCGCUGCCGUCCUGGCGGUGGUUGCGGUGUUUGUCUGCUUUUUGUUUCAGAAACUGUAA